AUGGCAAACAGUAACAUCGUCGGCACCCUGGAUUCGUGGGAGGCCAACGCUGCCUUCUGGGACGCGGGCAUGGGCGCCAACGGGAACGAGUACUGGAACCUGCUGCAGAAGCCAUACCUGCAGAAGCUCAUCCCCAUUGACGAGGAGAAUCCCGGUGUCACGCGCGUGCUGGAUCUCGCCACUGGUAACGGAAUGGCGUCGCGAUUCCUGGCGCGCCGUGGUGCCAGCGUGGUCGCCACAGAUGGCUCGAAAGAGAUGCUCAAGUAUUGCCGUCAGCGAUCAGCGGAUGAGGGAGCCACGCGAAUGCAGUUCCAGGAGCUCGACGUGACAAAGACGGAAGAUUUUGAGAGCUUGCUCGGGUCCCCGCUCGCGGACGGCGGUUUCGACGUUGUCCUCAUCAACAUGGCCAUCAUGGACAUUGAGACGCUCGAACCACUCGCCGAUGCGCUGCCGAGACUCUUGAAGAAGAACGGCAUCUUCGUCGCGACGAUGCUGCAUCCCGUUUUCUUUACAUCCCAUGCAAACCGCAUCGUCGAGGUCUUGACCGACCCCACGACUGGCGAGUACUACAAUGUUCGCGGUAGGGUCAUACGCGAAUACAUGAAGGUUGCACCCUGGCGUGGCGUCGCCGUCAACGGCCAACCCGCGCAUCAGAUGUACUUUCAUCGCCCUCUCCACGAACUUUUCGCGACGUUCUUUAAGCGAGGCCUGGUCAUGGACGGCCUGGAGGAGCCGACCUUCACGGAGGAACACCCUGAGGUGAAACAGCAGGGACGGCCAGAGUCGUCGCGCAACUAUACGCAGAUACCUCCCAUCAUGGCCGUCCGGUUCCGAAAAUUAGACUAG